ACGGACGGGAGGGGAGGGGUCCAAAUUAAAACUCCAAAAUCCAUUCGAACAGCGAAGGAAAUUUGUUGGAAAAUUUUGAGAUUUGGAUUUUUGUUCUAGGAGAGGGGAAGGUUAGAAGAAGUUGAGAUCGGUGGAGAACUGGAGAUCGAGGGGAGAUGGAUCAGAUCAUGGGGAAAGUGGGCGGGUACUGGUUCAAGCAGAAUGCCGGCAAGGAGAUCAACAACAUCGGCGACGAUAUCAAUUCAAUCUCUAGCAGCAUUGGAGAUGGUGCCAAAUGGAUGGUCAACAAGAUCAAAGGGAAGAUGCAGAAGCCAUUGCCGGAGUUCCUCAAGGAGUACGACCUCCCAGUGGGUCUCUUCCCGCAGGACGCGACCAACUACGAGUUCAACGAGGAGACGAAGAAGCUGACGGUGUACAUCUCGUCGGCCUGCGAGGUCGGCUACAAGGACUCCUCCGUGCUCCGCUUCUCCACCACCGUGACGGGCUACCUGGAGAAGGGGAAGCUGUCGGAGGUCGAGGGCCUCAAGACCAAGAUCCUCAUCUGGACCAAGGUGAUGGCCGUCAGGACCGAGGCCACCAAGGUGCACUUCGCCGCCGGCAUGAACAAGGCCAGGAAUCGCGACGCCUACGAGGUCGUCAGGGAUGGCGUCGGCAUAGACAAGUUCUAGAUUGAUUUGGGUUAGAUUUGCUUGGUUUGUGUGGAGAUGCUGACUGUGUGAGUUGAGUGUGUGUGUGUGAGUGAAGAUUGUUGUGUAAUCAGCAGCGCUUGCUCCUCUCCUGCGGUUUCCAAUUGUACAGGAGUGCUGCUGUGCUGGGCUGUUCGUUGUGUUUUUUAUCGAUCAGGUGUAUUUCUUUGUUUAUUGUGUAAAGGAAACAUAUCUGCAAAUUAAGCAAACCCUUGUAGGGCAGCUAUGUUGGAUUGAAAGGCGAUUUGAAAUUGAUAGGAAAAA